AUGGCGCAGCCUCACAGGGCCCCUUCAGGGCCUCUUUCUUCGUUUCUCGGCGACGGGGAUUUUCCGCGCGCAGCGCCUCGUCAGCAUGGCGCUGCGAAGUCCAACGCCCAGUCAUCCUCUCGGCCGCCGUCCUCCGGCGGCGUAGGCAGAGGCGCUCAGGCGCGCGCUGCGUCUCAGCCGCGCCAGUCUUCCCUAUACUCCCCCCUUCCGUCUCUCUCUUCUCGGCCCUUCACCCCUGGCUCCUUCACGCCUGCCUCGCUGGCGAACGCGGCCAACAGAAAAGAGAAGCCCAGCGGCUUUGCCAGUGCUGCUGCCGAGCGGCCGGGCGGCGCGGAGGCGAGUAGCGCCUAUACCUCGCAGAGCAGCGAGCAGCUGCAGCGUCUUGUGCGGCCUGUGGAGGCGAGCGAGAUCUCUCGCGGGACUCUGUUGCUCGGCGUGGUUGCGGAGAUCCACGCGAACGAGUUGAUCGUCCAUCUUCCUUACGGCAUCUUCGGCUACGUCCCCAGAGUCCAGGCGCAGGAGGAAGUCGCGCAGCCCAGCCAGCUUGCGCGCGCGGCCUUCGCGGAUUCAGACGCAGACGAAGACGAGGACGACGGGGUUGCCGCCUGCUCCGGAGGCGACCGGCCGGCGCAGUUGCCGCUCACGCGCUGUCACUACGUAGGUCAGAUCGUUCAAGCGGUUGUGCUGGGCGGUGGGCGCGACGGCCGCGGGGGGCAGGACGCGUCUGCAGACGACGACGGGGCGCGCAUGCGCAAGACGACGCACAAGAACUCGAGCGUCCUGCUGCUCUCUCUGCGGCCUUCUCUCUUCAACGCCGGGCUCUCGCUCGGCACCCUGACUCCCUCCAUGGUCCUGCCGGCCUCCGUCGCUGCGAUCGAGGAGCACGGCUACAUGCUGUCCUUCGGCGUGCACCAGCUCUCGGGGUUCCUCCCGUUCUCAAAAGAGGCCGCCGCGAGCCCAGACGCGCGCCUGCCGCUCGACGCAGUCCUCUCGGUGCGCGUCGACAAGGUCAACUCGGCGGCGAAAGUUCUCAUCUGCGCGCUUCCCGGCGAAGGCGGAGAAAAAACAGACGCCGAAGACCGCGCGGAGACCAUCGGGAAGAAGGCGACGUCCGCUGCCGCCAAGCAGGGGGCGCCCCUUCCCCUCAAAGCCUCGUUGCAGUGGCCCGACAUCAAACCUGGUUUGCUGGUGCAAGCUAAAGUUGUCCAAGUGCUGCGGACUGCUGACCUCGCCGCUGCGGAGGCGGAGUGGAGGGAGAAGGGCCGCCAGGCGCAGGAGAAGGGCGGCAACUCCAAGCGCAAGCGGCGCGACGACGGCCGCGAGCGGAGGCAAGAAGAAGAGAUCCGCGGCGUCUCCGUCACCUGCCUGAACGGCCUGCCGGGCGUCGUGUUGCAGUCGCACCUCGUGCAUCCGCUGCAGGCGGCUGCGGCACCUUCCAAGUCGAAGAGCGGACAGGCGGCGCUCGCCGCGGACUCCGCGGACGCCGCAGAUGGCCUCGCCUCCGCCUUUUUGGCGUAUGAGGAGUCCCUCGAGGGCGUCAAGGGCCGCGUCCUCGUCGGCCGCGUCAUCGCGGCGCUGCCAGACGUCCGCCGCGUAUACAUCUGUCUGCUGCCUCACGUGGUCGCCUGGGCGCCGGCGCCCUUUUCCGCGCGCGGCGCGCUGCCAGAGCUCCGCCCGGGCACGUUCCUCUACGGAGCCUCGCGCCUCGUCCAGACGCCCGCAGGCGGCCCGCAGGGCGGCGACGCCCGCGCGCUGGUCGCCGUCUCAGAGGCGCCGCGGCAGCGGCUCGCCGGCGCCAAGCAAGAGAAGCGCAGGCGGCAGGAGGCGCGGAGCAGUGCGGCGGCGGGACAGGCUGCCGCCUCGUCGUUUGCGGACGGCGAGGCGCGGCCGCCGCUCGUCGUCGUGCGCGUCCCGACGUGCUUCGCCGCGAACCGCGCGCAGGGCACAGGCGCGAAGAAGCAGAAGGAGGACGCCGCGGCGACGCGGCCAGCGUGCGGCGACGCACUGGGCGAGGCGGCGGGCGACGCCGAAUACCGCGUGCUGUAUCUGGAUCGCUUCGGCGGAGAAGUCGUGGCGGGCACGUCGGCUGCCCUGCUGGAUGAGAAGAUCCUCACGCCCUUCGACGUCGAACCUGGAGACUUUGUGCUGGGCACCGUCACCAAGAUCCUCCUCGACCGCGCCGGCCCCAGGGCCCGCACCGAGGGAGGCGCGCGGGACGGAGUCGUCGUCAGCCUCUCGCCGCAUCUCUCGGCGUUUGUGCCGCUGUAUCAGCUCUCGGAUAUUCCCCUGUCGUCGAUUCCGUCCUUCGUGAGUGUCGGCGCGACGCUCAAGCUCCGCGUGCUUUCUCGCUUCUGCUGCGCCAGCUGCAGUGCGUUGGAGGGGCCUGUCAAUCGGAAUUUCUUCUAUUUCUUCCCGUCGUCUCCCCUGCCUCUCCCCGGUGCCGCCGCGGCCUUUCAUCUCGCGCAGCGCUACGGCGCCAGCCUGAUGGCUUCAGGCGGCGGCGGCCGCGUCAAGCUCUAUCUCACCGCGAAGAAGAGCUUCCUCAAAGAGACAGAGCUGCCCCUUCAGUUCCUCACGAGAGAACUCCCUCUCUCGCAGCUGGGCUCGCCUUUCCGCACGGAGGACGGACAGGCCCUGGCGGCGCCACCUCGCGCCGCGGCGCCCUGCCUCGCGCACGCGCCAGGGGGCGGCCUCACGGAGGGCGCCGUGGUGACGGCUUAUAUUCGGGAAGUUCGGGCAUCCAAACGCGCAGGCAAGGCCGCGCAGGGAGUCAAGCAGGAAAACUUGCCUUUCGUCACGCUCUCGUUCCUCGGCGGGUCGACUGCGCAGCUGACCAAGGAGCAAGUCUCGCGGGCGGUUCAGGAAGGCCGCAGCCUCGCGGUUGGCGCUCUGAUGAAGGUUCGCAUCAUAUCCAUCAACGCCAAGCGUCGCUCCUUCCGUGUGUCGCUUGGCCUGCGCGACGCGGACGCGAGCGGCGAGGCGCAGCGCCGCGGUGGAGCUCUGGUGCCUGAGACCGGCCUGUCUGUUGCGGAGCAUUGCGCGCGCAUCCUCGCGGUCACCGAGGAGGGACUUUUCGUGGCGCUUCGUCUGGGCGCGAGGGCGCCGAAGAGUGCAGACAGCGAGGCAUCGGACCCGCAGGCAGACAAACGGGCGGAGAAGAAAAUCAAGAAGGCCGAGAAGGGCGGCGACGCAGAUCGCCAGGCCGCGCCGAUCCUCGCCUUCGUGCCGAAGCUUCACCUCAGCGACGAAGUCCGCCUGGCUGAGGAGCUCUGCUCUCUCCUUACGGCUGGAGAGACUCUGCCGUUUGGCGCAGUUGUCCUGUCACGCAGUGCGGCGGUGCGCCCUGGUGCGCCGGUGCAGCUGUGGAAAGCCAAGGACGAAAAGUCUGCCAGCGAAGAUGAUCCGCGCGUCAAGGAGAUGGCGAAGCUGUUGGCUCACGAGCUUAAGCAGAAGGACGGCGACGAGGCGCAGUCCAGCCGCGUAGUCCGCGACGUCUGCCUCCUCUCCUGCAAGCCUUCCUUGAGAAGCAGCGCCGCGGACGGUACAUUCCUGACGGGCUCGAGCGCGCUCGCGGUGUUGGCUGGUCAGAACGCGACUCGACAGCGGGUGAUGUUUGGCUACGUGCGUCGUGUGGGUCCCUUUGGCUUGUUGCUGAGCUUCGGGGCCUGGCAACUGACUGGACUCGUCCCGCUGAGUUACAUCUCUGACUCGUUUGUCGAGGGCGAAAAUCACCUCAAGCGGCUCUACAGAGAAGGCAUGACCGUCCGCGGCUGCGUCGUCUCGGUCGACGAGAGAUCUGACGAGAGCGGCGGCAAGUGGGCGCUCGCCGCAGGCGAGGCGGAGGACGGCGCGCAGAGGGGCAAGAAGGUUAAGAAGGAGGCCGCCGGGGCUGCGGGUGCGGAGAGCCGCGACGCGAAGCAGAGGGGCGACGGAGAGGAGGUCGGCCGCCGCGCAGGAAAGCCGCUCCAGUUCGUCGUGGACAUUCGCCCGCGACGCCUGAGCGUUCUCCACCGCCAGCAGGAAGAGGCGCAGGCGGGAGGGGCGACCAAAGGAUCCGGCGGGAUGCUGGGCAUCGACGUCCUCAAGGCGCUGCUCGACCAGAGGGAGUUCGCCGCGCGGCUGGGCCGCGAAAAGAAGGCGCGGCAGCUGGGGGACGCGGAGGAGGCCCGCGAGGAGAGUGUACGGGGAGACGCCGCUCGCGAGCAAGACGCCUUUUACGUCGGUCAGCUCGUGCAGGGCCGCGUGACGCAGGUCCUCCCGAACUGCGUGCUGGUGGCGCUCCAGCGGCCGGGCGACAAAAGGAAGCAGGCGGCGGCGGAGGGGAGCGACGAGGACGAGACAGCGGCUGCAACUGGCGUCGUCCUCGAGCACCAGCUCCCCGAGGGAGACACCAUCGAGUCUCUGCAGGCUCAGCAGACCGCCCAGCUUGCGAAGGCCAGCCAGGGCAUGAAGAUCGCGUGCGUCGUCCUCGAUGUCGACCCGGUUACCGGCAUCAUUGACCUCUCCUGUCGGCGGCGUCUCGUCGCGCCCCUGGAGAAAGUCAAGCAAGCGCUCGCGGCGGGCGCGGCCGAGGGCCGCACGUACGUCCACUUCGCCCUCCACGGCCCCGUCGCCUCCGCGAAGGCCACCGGCAGCGCGGGAGACGCCGGCGCCGGCGCCAAGAGCGAAGGCAAGAAGAAGAAGGGCAGCAAGAAGAGCAGCGCGGUCGACGUCGAGUCUCAGCAGACCCUCGAGCUUCUCACUGAACGCCUUCUGCCGGAGACCGAAUCGAAGAAGUCCGGCAAAAAGAGCAAACAGACGCGGGGCGGUGGCAGCGGCAGCGGCAGCGCGGCGGCCUGGGACUCACAGCGGCAUGUGCUUCCCCCCAGCGUCUUGGCGCGCGCGCAGGAGCUCUGCGCCGCGACGCCGCCGAGCUGCGCGGAGGUUCAGGUGGAGAACGCCGCGUACGCGGUUCUGGCGGCGGACUUCUCUCUCUCCGUGACGUUUUCUGAUUCGUCUGAGGCUUCUGCGGCGUCCGCCGCGCCGGCACUGACUGUAAGCGUGCCGCUCUUCCUCGUCACCCUCUCGUGCCGCAACAACACGCUGCAGCCUUGCCAGCUCGCGGCGGCCGCGUUCGACUCGGCGAGCAGGUCUUCGUUCGCCGCGCUCGCCGGUCACAGCAGCGCGGCCUCGGUGUCGGUCUCGCCCUUCCUGGUCCGGCACGCGGGCAGCGGCGUCCUCGUCGCAGACUGCUGCUGGGAGCGCCGCCAGCAGGCGCUGGUGGAGGCGCAGCAGCGGCGCGGGGCGCGGCUGACGGACCGUGCGCUUCGCGACCAGCUGCACAGGGCGCUGAGGGGAGGCGACGCGGCCGCGGGCACGCUGGGCGGUCCCCUCGAACCCUCCAGCGUCGAGAAUGUCGAGGAGGAGGUGACUGUCGGCAAGUUGCUGAGAUGCCGCGUGACAUUUGUCGGGCCGACCGUGGCGCUCGGCUGCCUCAAAAAACCGAGGAAGACGCUUCUGAUCCGCCUUCACGCAGCCAACGCGCUGCCCUGCGACCCCGCCAACCUGAGCAAGAUCUGCGGCUGCGACUCCGUGGCUGAGAGCGAGAAGGGCGCGGUGACCAGCUCGUGGCUGCCCCCCGCGCGGGAGGUGAAGAGCGGCGCUGCGGCGGGCGCGGGCGCGGGCGCGCUCGCAGACUGCUGCAAGACUCCUCUCAAGUCCUUGCACCCUGGCGCCAUCAUCGACGUCCGCGUGCUUCGUUUGCUGCGAGACGCUUCUGCGCCGCACGCCGAGGAGGCUGCCGCCGCGUCCAAGAAAGCCGAGGAGGCGCGGACGGCCGCGCAGGAGACGGGAGGGCAAGCAGAGUCGGCGCCGGAGGCGCGGAAGAACGAGUGGAUCGCAGAAGUCGCGCUGGUCUCGCAUCCGCAGUGGAGCCGCUUGCUCGCCCCGGGCGCAGAGGCCGACGAUCUCGCGCCCCGCGACCGCGACGGCGAGGGGAAGCGGAAGCGCCGUGAGCAGGUAGAGGGGUCUGAAGAAGACGCUCCCCAGUGGGCCGUCGUCGAGAAGGUCGGCUCCCGCGGACUCCGGGUCCACUGCGGGAUCUCCGAGGCGGCGGAGGACGCGGCGGCUGGUCUGUCGAAAAAGCGCAAGUUGGGCGUCUCCGCCGCCCUGUUCACAGGGACGGCAGGUGUGGGCGCUACGGCUGGAGCCGAAGAAAGAGGCCGGAUCGACUGGGGCGACGCAGUCCGCGGCGCCGCGCAAGAGGCGCCGGAGAAGCAGUUCAGCGUCGGCGACGUCCUCUGCGUGCGGCGGCUGCCGGUGCUGACCUGCACGUCCGAGGUCUUUGAGGAAGCGUUGCAAAAGUUCAGCUUCUCAAGAAAACAAAAAAACGACGCCACAGACGACGAGGACGCCGACCAACAGGGUGCCCACGAACACGCCUUCGUGCGGAACUACACCGUCGUCGCCCUGCCUGCCGAUGCCGCGAGAAAGUCCGCGCAGGAGAUACGGCGGACUCUAACUGAGGUCCGUCCGGAGGACAAUCUGAACAAGGCCGCCCUCUUUUGCGCGGACUGGGGCGGCUCCGGCGCACCGUUUCGCGCUUGCGGUUUGCGGCGUCUCGUCGUGUUCAGCUCAGCUCUCUGCAGUCUAAUCGCGCCUCUUGCGCGGCGGACGGUCUACACGUCUUUGCCAGCUGCGCUCUCCGCCUGGUCGGCGUGGCGCUUCCCGCCCGGCACCGUCUGCUGGGGCUUUGUUCACCACUUCCUCUCGGCCCCGUUCGCGGUCGCGGUGCAGAUCUCCGGGCUGUCGCUGUCCGCUGCGUCGUCGCGGGGCAAGGCACGCUCUUCGAGUGCCGACGACCUCGACGCGGAAGAGGAGGUGAUUCGCAGCAUCGUGAACCCUCCGCAGAGGCCUGUGCGAGUCCCCGUCCUGGCAGCGGUGCACACAGUCGAGGUUCUCGACGAUUGGGUCUCGGACCCCGUCAAGCGCCUCCAGCUGAAGAUCGGGCAGGCUGUCAAACUGAAGAUCUUGCCGAUCAAGGAGACCGCGCAGGGGCAGCGAGAAAUGAAGCAGCGGAAGACGGAGAGCAGAAGUGGACUCCCCCUUGAGGCCUCUCUCCGCUUGAGCCGCGUGGAAGCGCCCGAAGGCUCCAAAAAGGCGGCUACAGGCGCCACGGACGACCUGAGAAGCGACGACGUGCGCUUCGAAGACCUCGAGGUCGGCCAGCGCGUGUCGGGUCUCGUCGUCUCGUCUGGACAGGCCGGCGUCUUCGUUGCUGUGAGUCGCACCCUGACGCUUCGCAUCAAAUUGCAGAAGCUGCUGUCGGGCGAAGAGAGUCCGCGGGCGUCGGACAAAGGCGGCGAGGCCUCAGGCGCUGGCGAAAGCGCUGCCGGCGUGGCGCCGGGCCUGCUGACGGGCGACCAGGCGAAAGAGCUCUUCCCCGUGGGUCGCCUUCUCCAGAACGUUCGCAUCGUGGCGCUGGAUCCCGAGACGCGGCGCAUCGAGGGCUCGCUGAAGAACAGCAGCCUGAGGAAGCGGCAAGGCGGAAAGGAGGACGGGGCAGGAGCGUCGGUGGAAGAAGGAAAGAAAGCGCGGAAGGGAGAGGCCGACCAGUCGGCUGCCAUCGAAGGCGACAAGGCGACGGCGAAGAGCAAUCGCCUUCUAGAGAAGCUGAAAGUCGGCGAUGUCCUUGACGGGCGCGUCCGCGGUCUGGAGGCCUUCGGGGCCUUCGUUCGCCUGCAAGAAGGAGAAGACGGCGAGCCCGGCGGGCUCUUCAUGGACGUCCUCUGCCACGUCAGCGACAUGGGUGGCAAGGACUGGAACGAGAAGCGCGCGAGACUUCAGCGCCUGCAAAAAGGAGACCUGGUACGCGCGCGCAUCACCAAGAUAGACCGGAAGCAAGGCAAGGCGUGGAUAAGUCUGGAUCCCGAGGUCUUCGAUGACGAGAGCGACGAGGAGGAAGAAGAUGACGCCCUCGCUGCAGCCCUGGCUACCGACAAGGAAGACGGCGACGAUUUGUCCAAGCUGUUACGCCUCGCGCACGCCAAGGAAGGUGCCGCCGAGAGCGACUCUGAAGAAGAGGACGUGGACAUGGACAGCGACAGUGAGUCGAAACAGAAGCCGGGGCGCAGGAGUGUGGAGGAAGUCAGCACCGGCAUGGAGACUGGCGGCGAGGCGGACCUCGACGACGACGCGGAAGAGGUCACGGGGUCUUGGAGCGCGAGUAUCUCGGCGGCCGGCGAUGCGUGGGCUUGGGGCGAGACGAAACCUGCGAGAAGAGAGAAGGAAGCGAGUGGCGCGAAUGUGCGCAUGGCCAACGAGGAGGGCGCAGAAAGGGACGCGUCAGACUUGAGCGCAGCCGAGGACCGGGAUGAGAAAUCGACAAAGGCCGCCGCGCGCCGCCGACGUGAAGAAGAAGCGCGGCGACAGGAGGAAAAUCUCCGAGUUUUGGAAGACUCCGCGGGACAACGCUCGUGGAUGGAGAAUCCACGCAGCCCGGAAGACUUCGAGCGUCUCGUCUUGGUCAACGGGAACUCGGCGGCCGUCUGGAUCAGCUACGUGGCAUACUACUUGAAGCUGAACGAGCUCCAGAUGGCGCGGCAGGUCGCAGAGCGGGCCGUCCAGCAUAUCAACCAUCGCGAAGAGCAGGAGCGCUCAAGUGUGUGGAUCGCCUACCUCAACCUCGAGUGCGUCUACGGAGACCGCGUGGACGACGUCUUCAAGAGGGCCAUUCAGUACAAUGACAGCAAGAAAAUUCACUACCAGAUGACAUUUAUUUACGAGAAGGCGCAUCAGUUGGACAAAGCCCGGCAAAUGUGUGAGAAGUGCUGCGAGAAGUUCCCAGCGUCACAGAAGAUUUGGGUGCGGCAUCUCACCCUGCUCUACACCGCGCUAGAUGCAGCAAACACGGCCCGAGAGCUCAUGCUCCAGGCUCUCUUCCGAUUGCCAAGAAGGAAGCACGUUGAGUUUGUCGCGACUUGUGCUCGCCUCGAGUACAAGCAUGGAAGCAAAGAAAGAGGGCAAACUUACUUUGAGAAACUGCUCGCCGAGCAUCCAAGGAGGACGGAUAUCUGGUCGCAGUACUUGGAUGCACAUAUCGCCGCCAACACGCCUCCUCGAUGUGUGCCAGCCAACCUGCAGUCCAUCCGCGUGUUGUUUGAGCGGACGACGUCGCUUCAGCUCAAGCUACGCAAGAUGAAGUUUUUCUUCACUCGAUGGCUGAUCUUCGAGAAACAGCAUGGCACCGUGGAGACGCAGGCACGAGUGCGAUCUAAAGCUCGGGACUUUGUCCAGAGUGUUGAAAGCAAAAUGCAGCGUGAAUCGUGA